CAGUGGUCCGUGAAGGAGCAGCAGAUCCUCCGUUCAGGGAGAUUUCGUCCCUCGUGUCCCAGAAAAUGACGAGUCCUCUGGAGAAAAUGGUGGCUGAGAAGAAGGAGACCAUCGAGGCGCUGAUGGACAUGUUUGAGAAGGGCGCUGAGGUGUUGGCGAGCGCCGUGGGUGAGCUGUUCCCGCUCUGCGAGGCGGCCGCUCCGGUCCUGAAGCUGGUCUUGGACAACGUCCACAGCAAGGAGGUGUUUUACGUCAAAGAGCAGUUCCUGACGGUGAGGAGCAAGCUGGACGUGCUGUCCAACCAGCUGGAGGACAUCGAGUCUGAGCUCAGGAAGAGAGACCUGGACCGCGACUACUUCUCCGUGGAGGAAAACAUCAGGAACCAGUUUAGGAAGUACAUGGACAUCUUGGAGGCGAAGCCGCAGUUCAGGGAGGUGAAGAAGAAGCUGUUUCUGGAUCACUUCACUAAAACCGGUGGAGAGAAGAACCUCUGUGUGCUCUACGAUGCUCUGAUGGGAACCAGCACCUUCAAAGAUCCCAUUUUAGAUACAGUAGAAAGGUAUGUUGGGAGGAACCGGCGCCUCAUGGAGGACUUCUGCGUCCGGAUGAAGGAGCUCUUCUGCCUGGGUUUGAUUUCUCUGCUGGGCUACUGCGCCCUCACCCAGAGCCCAGAGGAAGAGCAGGACAAGAUCCGAGAGUGGAGCACCAAAAUCGAAGAGGUAGAGUCCAAGAUGAAGGCAGCCAUCGAGUCCUGCAUAGCUGCGUUUCCAGAGCAAGCCAAACUAGACGUGCAGCGCCUCCUGCAGGAGACAGAGGAGGAAAAUCUUCAGGAUGCACCUCAGCGUCUUCUGGAGUUCCUGGUGAAAAAGUACGACUGGGUCUCCUGGUCUGUGCGGCUGAUCAAAACCUCAGGCAAAGUCUUUGAGAACCUGCGAGCCGGGAAGCAAUUCCACCACGUGGCGGGACAGAACUGGUUCGAGGUUCUUCAGGUGAACGACGUCAGCCUGGUGGUGUCGUUCAGCACGGCGCCUCAGCCGGUUCCCAGCGACUGCGUCCGGCAGCUGAUGGAGGGUCCGGCCAGGAAGGGCAACGCUCCGGAGGCGGUGGAGGCGCUGGAGAAGCAGCUGUGCGGGUUCAUCGUUCACGCCAUCAGUCGGCACAAAGAGUCUGCAGCCGCGUGGAGCUUCCCAGAAGAAUGCCACUACUGGGAACACCACAAGAACGUAGCCGUGUGUGUGCACUCGGAAUAACGCUCAAGAGCAGGGUUUAAAGAUUUAUCAUCCAUUGAAAGGGGCAGCGUUACGUAUAUUGUCUCUGUCUCUUUAAAAAGCUCUUGCUCUUCCAAACACUCCACCUUCUGCAUGUCAUCAGAACUCCUUUCCUAUCAAGCAAUUAACAACGUUUUUACCCGCGUUGCACUGAGAAGCAGCUCGUGUGAUAAGUUCAACAGAUACGCAGUUCCAGCAGUGUUUGCUAACUGCUGCUGCCACUAGUCUGGAGGAACUGAGUGGGGAGGGGUGGCCCUCGGUUACACCAGGAUUUCUCAAACAUGAAUAAAAGAAUCAAAGAAACGCUCCAGGUGUGUUUUUCACGAGGGAGAAAAAUUGUAACACAAUGUAAAACUAACAAAGUUGAUUUUACAUAACACUGCCCCUUUAACUGCAGAAACCUAAAAUAUCAUUAUUUAUCUCUAUCAGCUGAAUAGAGCUGCCAUACCAUGUAUCCUGUAGCUACUUUAACAACUUUAAGACCCAAAGUACUGUGUGGAUCCUCCUUCAUUUGACUUGCUUAUUAUCAGCAGUUCAUUUAUUUAACUGCAUUCAGGAAUAAUUUCUAUCACUGACAUGUUUAGCAUAAUGAACACAAUGUAGAUCCCAGAUAAUUGAAGUUUUUAUCUAGUGCAUAUAAAACUCCAGCCCGGAUCACUUUAAGCAGAAUUUCUCUCCAGUUUCUUACCUUUGACCUCAGCCGCUUGCUGUAACGCUGCCGCCUUCAUUCAGCCCCACAGAAAAGGCUUUGCUGAUCUGGCAUCUUUGUCCCGGAGCUCCAUGUUUGUUCCCCAGCAGGCUGACCUACAUAACUCUGACAGGGAACAGAGGCGACUUCUUCAGGCAGGCAGGAGAUGUCACAAUGUGCCUUAAGCUCCAGAAUAAAGAAACAUCCAGCCUGAGCUUUAAUGCUGCAGUAUGUAACUUUUAUAAAAAUGUUUUUAAAUAUUUGUUAAGAUUGUCACCAUGGUGUCACAGUUUGUUAUGAGAUAGAUAAUCUGUGAAAAAAUCCAUCUCCUCCACUUCCUACAUGAGAUCCGAUUACCGUCAGAAGAAAUGCAUCAAAACAACCAAUCAGAGGCAGGAGGAGGGGCUUAGCGCUGUCAAUCAAGCUCACGUACUCGCUGGUCAAAUUGCUAAUGACGGAGAAACAACUUACAGUUACAGGAAAACCGUUUAUCCGCCAUUAUCUGUGAUCAUGACAAGCUGUGCUAACUGUGCUAACGCCACAUGGAGAGGUGACUGACAGCACUAAGACCCGCCCCUGGUUCCGAUUGGUUGUUUCUAGUUAGCAGUGGGAAAAGGCAGCUUGAUUGAUAUAUAUACAUAUACAUAUAUAUACAGUAUAUAUAUAUAUAUAUAUAUUUUUUUUUUAUAAAAGUUGCAUACUGCAGCUUUAAACCUACAGGGUUUGUUGGAAAACUCUCCAUCCGGGCACUUUUUACUAAAUCUGAAUGCUUUUUGCAUUCAUUUGCUCUUUCUGGAUGAAUACUGGACCUGCUGUCUUCUUAUGCUGCUGCUGUUUCUCUUUUGAAUUUUGUUUGAAUAUGAACGGCAGUGAAAUACUUUCCUCUGUCUAUUAUUCGUGAUUAACAUGAGGAGCAGGAAUGUUUCACUUCUUUAACAAUAAAAACUCGCGCAUGAUCAGCAGUUGAAAUGUGGCUGUGAUGAUUUUUAACGAUUACCGACAAAA